UUAUAGCUGUUCUCUGCUGUGGGAGAUGUGUGUGCUCUAUCCCCCGUUCCCAGUGUACAUGUCACAUGCAUGAAAACGAGGCCGAUAACAAAAUUCAUAUAUACCAGCUCAUGCGCAGUUUAUAUUUAACGAACUGGGGAGGCGGACGUUUCACCAAGGGUAGCUGCAAACAGGACUUCUUCAACAUCAACGUCCUUAAAAAUAUGUUGCCAGUAUGUCCAAGGUUGCAGCCAGCCCAGCCACAUACAGGAGCAUGGGGACGCAUGGAAGGAGCGACUUGGAGAACAAACUGAGAACAAAUACUAUCAUCAUCCCGAGAAGCAGUAACGCCGGACAUCUAGAAGAUGAAUUCGUCCAAAAUGUGAUACGAUACAGAGCGAUGGGAUCAAAGUUAAAAGAGGAUUUCCCCUUCCUCGUCAUAUAUCAAGCUUCAUCACGUAUUAAAGAUGAAGAGGAACUCAUUGUUGACACAUUACGGGGUUUGCCUUCAGCAAUUCUUAUCAUUGCAUCAGUCGGAAAAGAUUCUGAAGUAGGCAUCGACCUUCCAAGCGACUUGGAAUCUACCGUCAAACCAAAAUUAAGACUGUUCAUCAAAAAUGGACACAUUCUCCCCAAUGAUAUGGACAAUGAAUAUAUGUUUCACCGCGUGUUGUUGCAUUGCUGUCAUCAGGAGCCUGACUGGCGGGAGUAUUUUAAAGAACACUGGAAGAUAAUCCCCCUUGUUUGCAUUGUUGUGUGUUUGAUAAUUGUAGUGGUGUCACUUAUUGUACGCUUUGCUUAAAUAUGGUUGUUUUGGAACCUCCAUUUCACAUUCUGAAGUGAGGGGGCUGGUAUUUCUAGAUCAUUUCGUUCCAGCUUAAAGCACAUUCCGUAUGUCCUGUCCCCUCCAGGAAUAUUCAACUGUAAAUUCCUGAAUUUAUAUCCUUUAAAUUCCUUUGUAACAAUCGCCUCCCAAAGAUAACCCUGGAAACUAUGUAUAUGGUGUUUACCCUACUAUUCGAAUACUGUAGUUAUAUUUGUAUAACUGUACAAAACAACAAUGUGUCAUCCUGGAAAAUGUAGAAGCGUUACGGAAGAGUAUAUGGUGCAGUUCCUGGAACACGUUAUGAUAGAAUUUACUAUGAACUAAUCCAACUUCCUCAAGUGAGAGAAGAAAUCGCUUUAUAUUGCCAACCUCCAAAAUGUUGAAGCCUAUAUUACCCGAUUAUUUAUGCAAACUUUUAUCGCCAACAGUCGCAGAACCAAAUCGUUAUACAUUGCUGGAUGAUAUUAGUUUCUUACCUUAAACUAUGUCUUGAAAAGACAAAAAUCCAUUAGAAUUCACAGUGAUGCGGAAACUUAAGUGCCCAAUUCAGUCAACUGACUGUAAAAUCUGAUCGUGUUAACAGUGAACCGCAAAGUGGUUUUGAAAACUAAACCAAUUUCCUUAAAUGAAAUUCGUUUGAGGGAGUCGAUUUAAAUUGCCAACCGUUUCCAAAAUGUUGCACCAUCUCCUUCCUGCACCACCGAAAGUGCACUUCAUUACUUCUUCACUGUGCUCAUUAUGAUAUUGUUAGGAAUACAAUGCAUGUACAAUUUUACUCAUGGAUAUACUUAGAAAUUGUAAACUAUUUCAGCGGUAAUGUUUCUAACAUUAGUAUGUAUAUUUAAGUGGCAUUUCAGAAGCUGUAGUAACGAUGAAGACAGAGUUCACAUGGAUUUCAACUUUUUGCUUACAGUGCGAGGUUACAGUGCAUAUGCUAUUACCUUUAUCAAGCAGGUGGAUAAAGCAACCAGCCUCUUUACCGAAAAGUCGCAUUGUGAGAAAGUGAAAUCCGCAAGUCAACUAGGUCUUCAUGUUAAUACUUCCUAAUGGUGUUUAUACAUUAUGUUAUUUGCCAAUUCGCAUUCUGUAACCAGGUUUGCUAAUUGUUUUGUUGUUGGAGUGACUGAGUAUGAUUUUACGCCGCGUUCAGCUAUAUUCCAGGAAUAUCACGGCUGGGAACAGCAGAAAUGGGCUUCACAUAUUGUGGGUAAGCGUACCCAGGUCCUCGGCGUGACGAGCGAAGCGAUCGUUUUAACCACUAGGCUACCCAACUCACUUUCAGUUGAUGGAGCAGAAUUAAUAGCAGCAUGACGUGCUUGUUUACCAACCCAGUUCUCCUUCUAAAACCGAUGUGAUGUAAUGUUUCUAUUAUACUGAAGACUGGCAAUGUGUUUGUUUGUCUGAUGGUUGGAAUAAAUCAUGUAAGGCACGAAGGACACUGUAUGCGUGCCCAUUUUAGGUCUAAUCAAGAUAGCUUGCAACAGAUAGACAAUAAACUACAACAUUACCCACUGUUUCCCCAAGCUACGCUUAUUUAGUUUUAGAAACAUGACACGAAACUUUAACCGGUAACUGAAUACCUCACCUAUUACAAAUGCAUGUGCUGGGAUAAAUAAACCAUCAAUAGACUCGUU